AUACAAUAAAUAACGAGAAGCAAGAGGACAGCAGCGGCAGAAGCGGCAUCGGAAUGAGGAUUUGUCCGAGCAUCCGCCCACUCCAACCCAGAUCACGCCAACGCCGAUCCUCACGCCCAAUACCAUGUUAAAGAAGAUGAUGGUGAUGGGUUGGCUGCGAAGUCGUCGGAAACGCUUCAUAUUCCUUCUUCUCUGCUCCCCCUUUCUGCUUCCCCUCCUUUGCCUGGCCUUUCCGUUUCUCUGCAUCGCCGAACUGUGCUUGGGUCUGUGUCGAAGAAGGGUGGACAGUGACGAGAAGGGGCGGAGCAACCGGUACGAGGACGGCGACGGGAGUGGACUACGGCGGUGCGAGGAGGGUCGGUCCGGGGACAUGGUUGAGGAGGAGAGAAAGGUGCGGCUGUUGCAGAGGUACUUGGAAGACCAGCUUGGAUUGGUCGGAUCGGUCUACGAUUGUGGCGAUGAUGGCUUUGGAGAUGACGGAGAAGUAGAUGAUGAUGAUCUUCUCGACAACACUACCCCUCUUCUGCAAUGAUCGGCAGAAGCAGAGAUCAAUCGAGGGUUUCAAUUUCUUUUGAUUUUUGUUUUCAAAUCUGAAUUUCUCCACCACCAGCUUUUCCUUUGUGUUUUUCCUUCCGGGAUUGAAUUGGGAUUUCUUUUUCUUUUUUUAUUUGUUUUUGUUUUUUGUUUGGAAUACUCAAUCACAGUUUUCUGUAGAAGUUGGAAACAAGUUGAGAUAAUCAUAGAAUUCUAAUUUUAUUUACA